GCGAAGGCACGGGUAUCCGUGGUUAUUUAGGCGCUUUGGCACGGAGAUGACGACUAGUAUACAUGGGUCUAUAUUCUUCUCAGACCAUACAUUCAUACAUCAUCAUGAGCUGACCACUCACAGCGAGAAACACACUAAGUGUCUUUUCCAGCUCUUGUCGUGUCUAUUCAUUUUCAUCUACCCACCGAUACUACUACUUCCAUCCACAGUCCAGCACGAUACCGAGAACAAAGCUCGCGAUGGAUCCACGCCCAACUCCUCUUCCCACACCACCUCCCUCACCCCAGCCUGGACCUCAGCCUGGACCUCAGCCUGGUCCUCAGCCUGGACCUCAACCGGGACCUCAGCCUGGACCCCAACCGGGCCCCCAACCAGGAUCUCAGCCGGGACCGCAACCAGCACCGCAGCCGCCCCAAUCAGUUCAAACUGCAAACGAAAUCAGUUUCGAUGAAGAUCUCUCGAGCCAGUCUGGUUCCAUCGGUCAGGGUGCAGACGCACAAGCACCCCUGGGCUCCAACCCACCUCCGCCCACCUCAACCUCCACUCCAACCACGAACCCCAGUCAAAUACUCACUGCAAAGUCUGCCGUGGCAUCCGCAGCCAAAGAGCUACGCUUGAUCCGCAAGAUGUUCGAGCCCGAAGAAGGCGAAGCGUCUUCGAGUCGGGCGGUUCCUCCAGAGGAGCAAGGCGGCGGCAGUAGCAGUGGCAGCAACGGGGACCCGUCCACUCUCUGGCGCGAGUUCGAGAAUCUCGAAGUUCACGCCGCCAGAGGGGUGGAAAUGGAGGUCGGGGUGUUGAAGAACCUCCUGAAGCAGUUGGAGAUAUUACUGGAUAACGCGCGAAGCCAGUUGAUAGAACUGGAGGCGCAGAAAGCACUGUUGGAGACGUUGCUCGCAAUUUCGAAGUAUCGUGGGGAGGUAGAGGAUUCAAGCUCGAAGAAGGGUUAAGGAGUACUGCUACUUUCCUACCUUCUAGUCACUCGCUCAUUUGCUUAACGGCUAUAUUGUUUCUGGUUCACCUUGCUUAUCAUUCGUUUAGACCAAAACAGAGCCCAAAGAACUAUACCCAACUAUACCCAACUCGUUAAAUUAGUUGCUUAGUUGAAUCUAUUGCUAUUCUCUACAUACCAAAUUCCCCCCAAACACACCCAUACCCAUCUAAUUAUCAAACGGCAACCCCGCCUC